AUGGGUAUCUGUUCAUCUUCUGGAUAUACAAGGGAUGAUGAGUUAGCCCUAAACUGGGCAUCCACAGCCAAGCUGAUUCACUUGGAUGGAACGCUCCAAGAGUUCAGACACCCAGUCAAAGCCAGAAACAUCCUCUCCCAGAACCCAACCUGCUUCCUCAGCUGGUCAGAUUCCAUGUACAUCAACUUCCAGCUGCCACUCAUCCCCGAAAAUGAAGACCUACAACUGGGCCAACUUUAUUUCCUGAUGCCACUCUCUAAAUCCCAUGUACCCCUUUCUCUGCAAGACUUGUGCGCACUAGCCAUCAAGGCACACGCUGCACUUACUCAUUCAGUCCGAGCCUACCCAUUAAUAAAAACCUCAAAAUCUUCAAGUAGAAAUGAUAUUGUUCGACUCCCAAGCGAAGCUCGAGGAUGGUCUGAAACUCCGGCAGCAGGCUUUGACAUCUUUGGAGUACCGAACUCUGCGGUGGGGCAAGGCAACCGACGAACAGGUGUACAUAAAAACAAAGUUGCAGAGGAAAACAUGGAAGCUUGCGUCCGUGAAGUAUCCCAAUGA